UUUCGUGGGUGGAGCCAGUCUCACGGAACUGUUUAUGUUUAAUGCUUGGUUCUCAGUAUUAAUAAGCCUUCGUGACCAGAAGGUAAAAACGCAACGUAAUCUCAAAUAAUAUUUAUUAGUAGGAUUUCGCUAUUGAAAGGACGUUAAAAAUAUUACUUCAUUAAUAUUUGCAGUCAAAAAUUGGUCUUAGUAUCCUACGUUCUCCGCUCCCUCCCUGCUAAAGAGAAACCUCCUUUGGGGUUGUAACGUUACUACGAGUGGUUAAAGAACUUUCCGGAUCAUCAAAACCACUUGUAUGUCAUUUCUCUUUCAGAAGGAAAACACCUGACAACACAACUUGACCAUGUCGGACUCUGUGGAUGCCAGACAAGUGAAUGCCAAAGAGGGUUCGUAUCUCACAGAUGCUGGAGUCCAUCAGACGGAUGCCAAACCACAUUCAGAUGUUUUUCAAUACAAUAUGAACUACCCUAGUCUGGGACAAUGUGUAAUCAUCAACAACAAGAAUUUCCUUAAAAAAACAGGAAUGGGAGUUCGUAAUGGGACAGACGAGGAUGCAAAGAAUGCAAUGCAGACCUUCUCAAAGCUGGGCUUCAAAUACAAAAUUAGCAAUGAUCAGACUGUCUCACAGAUGAAAGAUUUGUUAACUAAAGUGUCUAAGGAAGAUCACAGUAAAUCAGCCAUGUUUGCGUGUGUGUUGCUGAGUCAUGGAGAAGAUGGAAGGAUAUUUGGCACAGAUGACUGUAUUGAGCUGAAGGAACUGUUUGCGCUCUUCAGAGGAGAUUGCUGCAAAUCACUGGUGGGGAAACCCAAGCUUUUCUUCAUUCAGGCUUGCCGAGGCUCAGGUCUGGAUGCUGGCAUUGAGUGCGACAGUGAAAGUGAAGAGGAAACACAGAGGAUUCCUGUUGAGGCAGAUUUUUUGUAUGUCUACUCCACUGCACCAGGUUAUUACUCUUGGAGGAACGUUGCUAAUGGUUCCUGGUUCAUCUCCUCGCUGUGUGAGAUGCUGUCAAAAUACAGCAAGCAACUAGAGAUCAUGCAGAUCAUGACACGUGUCAACCACAAGGUGGCGCUGGACUUUAAAUCCUGCUCCAAUCUUCCAGGGUUUGAUGGCAUGAAACAGAUACCGUGUAUUGUGUCUAUGCUGACCAAAGAACUCUAUCUCCUUAAAUAAUUCAUGUGUAUUUUACUGAUUAUGUUGCAGUGGGAUAAGAGCACUUUUAAAUCAUUAUUUUAAUAAAUAUUAUGUAGCCGUUUAAAGCACUGCAGACUGCAGCCAAAACAGGAAGGGAUAUAAAGGCAAUUUUAAGGGAAACACUGGAUUUUAAAAAACUAUUAUCUGAUCAUGGGUAUUUGAAAUUUUCUGUAUCUUUUUAAUCCUGGUGUGUGAAAUGUUACAGUACUGGAUUUGACACAGACAGCUGGACUUUUAUGAUUUUUUCUAUGCACAUUUAGGCUGUCACUCAUCAUUUGUGCCUUGCUUGCUUUGUCUUGUACAUGUGCAGACAUCUGUGAGUGUGGAGAUUCACAGUUCUCAGGUUUAUCAUCAGCAUUACAUUUAUUAAAGAUUGUUUGACAAGAGGAAGUUCUGAACGUUAAACACUAGCACAAUUUGUAUUAUGAUAA